ACUCGAGUCAUGCGGGUGAACGGCACCAAGGUGCGACUUGGCGAAAGCGUCAUCUGCGAGUCCGAAGUGGACGUGUUCAUCGCUCUGGGACUCGAAUACAAGGACCCCACCGAGCGCAACUGCUUCGACAUCAAGUUCAUCGAAGAGGACGAGGCCAAGGAGAAACGAAAGUCUAGUGCUAGU